AUAACACACACAUAUGGUGUAAAAAAAAAAAAUCUUUUCUAGUUUCUUCUCAUUUUCCCCACAUUCUCUCCGUCACUUCCCGGAGAGAAAAAACCAAAAAAAUUAACCAAUCACCCCCAAAUUCAUCAAACCCUAAAAUAAUUCCGUCAUUUCCUUUAACCAAUUCAUUUCAAUCUUAAUCAAUUCCCCCUUACUACUUUCCCAAUUCUCACAAUUCUCUGAUUCAAUUCAAUGAAUUCUCUCACUUUAUAAUCAGUCUCUUUUUAUUUCCUCAAAACCGAAUCUCCGAGAAAGCAAUUCUCCACAUCUUAAUUCUCAUAAUUAAAUUAUCCGUUAUGGCGAUCCGAUUCACCGUUUCUUAUUCCGGUUACGUUGCUCAAAACCUAACCGGAAAAUCCAACACCGCUUGUCGGUCAAUUCUCCAUGAAUUUUUCCGGGCUUCCGGAGCUCCGAAUUACGACCCGCCGCCGCCCGGCUUCCGAUCACCGGAUAACCCGGUUUCUGCCGGGUUUUCCGGACUAGCUAAGGAAUUAUUAGGGUUAGAAAACUGUCAUAAAACGUCUCCGAUUGUUGCUGGGUUGAUUUCGUUAGUUAAGUCAACGGCAGUUGGCGGGUCGAGUUGUUUUUGUUCGGAUCCGGGUUCGGGUGGGGUUUUUGGGAUAUCACCGAUAAAACCCGGUUCGAUUUUGCCGUUUUGGCAAGGGUCAAAAUGGAUGCCUUGUAAUGAGGUAAAUAGUAGAAUAAUUGCAGAUAAAGGUGGGACAAUUAAGAAUCUUGUGAAAAAGAAUGACAUUGUUAACGAGUCGUUAAAAACGGCGAAAUGCGAGGUUGUAAGUAGUCCGAAAACAGUAGGAAAUGUGAGGAAUGAGAGGAAUGGAUGGAUUUCAAAAAUCUUGAAUGUUUGUAGUGAUGAUGCCAAGGCGGCUUUUACGGCUUUAAGUGUGAGUAUCUUGUUUAGGUCUCAGUUAGCAGAGCCGAGGUCGAUUCCGUCUGCUUCCAUGUGUCCUACUCUUGAUGUCGGUGACCGAAUUUUGGCAGAGAAGGUUUCGUACGUCUUUCGGAAGCCAGAAGUUUCGGAUAUUGUAAUCUUUAAGGCUCCUCCCAUUCUCCAGGAAAUUGGUUACAGUUCUAGUGAUGUUUUUAUAAAAAGAAUUGUAGCAAAGGCUGGAGAUUGUGUUGAGGUCAAAAAUGGUAAAUUGCUGGUAAAUGGUGUUCCCCAAGAUGAGGAAUUCAUUCUAGAGCCAUUACAUUAUGAAAUGAAACCCAUGAUCGUGCCAGAAGGCUAUGUGUUUGUGAUGGGCGACAACCGUAACAACAGUUUUGAUUCACACAACUGGGGUCCCCUUCCUGUAGAGAACAUUGUGGGUAGGUCUGUAUUUCGGUACUGGCCACCCACAAAAGUAUCAGACACCAUUUAUGAUACAAGAAGAAGCGUUGCACAUUCUUGACCCCUUUGAUCCUUCCUAAACAGAGGGUGAAUCUUGAAUGACUCCUUUUUUCUGACAAUUUACUGUUUGUCCCUCUUUUCCGCUCAUCAUCCCGAGCAUUGUGAAUACUUUACCUCUUUAUUUGCAGACUCCCACAUUCUAUGUAUUUGGAUCGGACAAUUAUGUCCAUCGGUUUGUUAUUUAACUGUAUUGAUGGCUAUUUGUGGCCGUUUAGGAUUGGUUUUUUUAUCUUUUGUUUCUUAAAUUGUUAAUGCAUUUUUAAAGAAUUCUUUCUUUUGAUUAGUAAGAUGAAAAGUCUGUAAUUCAUGUAUUCUUUAUAAUUUAGUAGAGCUAUGAUUGAGUGACUUGGAAGUAGUACUUGCCAGAGUUAUUGCA